AUGAGGGAGCAGUCCAGUGGUGACAGUGAGAACCAGACCACCCAGCUGAUCCUGGUGGGCUUCGGGGAGCUGCAACACCUGGGCUUUCUCCCCUUCACUCUCUUCCUAGCCAUCUAUAUGGUGACAGUUGGGGGCAACUCCCUCAUCAUGCUAGCUGUGGCCUCCAGUCAGACUCUCCACACACCCAUGUACUUCUUCCUUUGCCACUUCUCCCUGCUGGAGAUAGGCUACACCUCCAACAUCGUGCCCCCGCUACUCCACAGCUUCCUGGAAGGCAAGGAAGCCAUCUCACUGGUCACCUGUCUGUUCCAGUUCUAUAUGUUUGCCUCACUGGCUGCAGCUGAGUACCUCCUGCUCUCUGCCAUGUCCUAUGACCUUUACUUGGCCAUCUGCCACCCCCUUCACUACCCCGUCCUGAUGAGCACCUGGCUGUGCAGCUGCCUGGCCAUUGGUGCCUGGCUCAGUGGUUUCUCCUCUGCAUUCACUCUGGCCCUAGCAGCCCCUCUGCCCCUCUGCUCUGGCAUCAGGGAGAUCGGCCACUACUUCUGUGACUUUGCUCCAAUUGUAGGGCUGUUCUGCAGUGAUGUACGGGUCAUGUGGAGAAUGGGUGUCAGCAUCUCAGGCUUUCUGACUCUAGCUCCUUUCCUGCUGAUUGUGGCAUCCUAUGCCCUCAUCCUGAGGGCUGUGCUGCAAAUCCCAUCAGCCCAUGGGAGGCAGAAAGCCUUCUCCACAUGUUCCUCCCACCUCAGCAUGGUCGGAGUGUUUUAUGGCACUCUCAUUGUGGUCUAUGUGGCCCCAACAGAUCACAUGGCGCCCUUGUUCCGAAAGGCCUUCUCUGUCCUCUAUACUAUACUCACCCCUAUGGUCAACCCCAUCAUCUACGCCUCAAGAACCAAGAGGUAA